UAUUUCCUUGUCAGCGGCUUACUUCAGAAAAGCAGCUGAGAUUGACGCCAUUUUGUUCGAAAAAAAUUGAAAAAAGGGGGAAGAUAAAGGGUCGAUCUUUAAUCGCGAUUUAACAUCUGCGAGUUCGCAGUAAGUGUUCGUGGAUAUAAACAAUGGCGGACAAGAUCGAAGAACUCAAAGCUAAGAUAAAGGAGCUGGAGAUCGCGUUGGAAAUGGAGAAAAAACGUAAGGGACCCGUUCGGGAGAAAAUCAAUGAGAUGAGCUCUGAAGUCGUAGACAGCAAUCCUUACAGGUAGGAAAAAACAGAUUUUGUUGUCGAAAGAAUAGAAAUCAUUCCCAGAUAAUAAAGGAGAAACCACAAAAUGGGGCUAUGAUGCUGAAUGUCAAGAUCCUUUUAUCCUUUUUUGUAAUUAAUAAAAAGGUGCAUAUUUAAGCUGCUCUUUUUAAAGGAUUCCUGGUGUUUCGCCGUGGUAGCAAAAGCGUUUAUUGCAGUUUACUUGUCGUAGUUUUGUCUAUAUGAUUAUCAUUAAUUUUCUUGGUGGCGUUUUAAACUGAAUCUGUUCAGAUUAAUCCCUCCUGUACGUGAGAAGGGAAAUAAGCUUGCAUGAUUUCAAAGAAUAAAAAUGGAAAUCAUUUCAAAUGCUAGUAGUCAUAAUAUUAUGUUUGAUUCAGAGCAUAAUUAUUUGAAAUAUGAAACACAUGUUACACUAAACAUGUUACUGUUUUAUAAUAAACAUCUUGGCUUCGUUACUUUUAGGGGACCAUCACUCUAUAGAGGAAAAAACUAACAUGCACAAGCAAAAUGAUGAGUGUAAUACAACAAAAAAAACUAAUGCCGACUCAUAUGUUCAACAACAAAGAACGAAGAAAGUGCAAAUACUGGUCAUUUCAGGACACAUCUUUUAGCUGCGAACAAUAAAUAUUGCAGUUGGGACAUUUCUUAGUCUCGGUUCAGAUGCUGAACUCUUCAUGAGCCAAACCUAAUCUGAAUUAAGCGUGACCCAAAUUAUUUAGACUGGCUGAAUUGAUUCAGACACCGAGCUUAAUGGCAGCGGAACUAAGUUCAAAAGGCGAAAAAUGCUCACAAAAUACGUAUAAUAAUAAUGCAUUAGGUUCAGUACAUGAAAAGUUUGGCGUCUGAAUCAAAGCUGUUCCAAAGUCAUUCUAAAGGUGAAAUUCCCAGCCGAGCUAGGUGAAAAGAACACCUCAGCCGUUCGAAAUUGAAACAGGCAUUCCUAAUUGAUUCAGAUGCCAAACUUUUCAUGUACUUAAUUCAAUGUAUUAGGUUCGGCUCAUGAAAAGUUCAGCGUCUGAACUGGGCCUUAGGUUUUUUUGGGAUGUUAGCCAAUUUGCCACAGAUGCAAGUGAGAAUAAUAAAUCUACAUCUGGGGUAUACUUUUGUCGUGUUUUCACGUACACUUUUUAUUCUGCUUGUGCAUUCAUUUAGUUUUUUCCUCCAAACUAACAUCUGUAGCAAAAAGUUGUUUAUAGUGCAAGACUUUUUGUAGACUUUGGCAUUAGGGCAGGUUUCUGCAAGAUGAAAAAUAAUGCGGGACAUUUUAUGCAAGUGCAGCAUAUGUGACGGAGAAAGACAGAAUCUUCAGUAAACAAAAUUAUUUUAAAAUUUUUAGAAUGCAAUCUAAAAAGGGGGCACCCUAGUGUUAAAACAUACAUGCGUAUGUUACUGGUCAAAAUUAAAUUCAGGUUAAAAUUUUUCGACCUAGGUUGAUUCUCAAUUUCCUUUGUCUCCUAGCCCUAAUUAUUUGUGAAUUAGGGCUAAGAGACAAAGGAAAUAUAGAAUCAACUGAGUUUAAAAAAAUUAUUUUGAAAUAUACGUUGUAAUUUUGACCUUAAUUAGAGGUCAAGUUAAAUAUCCAAUGCCAGCAAUAUGACAUGUACAUAUAAGUUAUUGAUGGUGAGAUAUUAUGAUGGUAAAUCCACCUGCUACCAUACAUUUACAUGUAUAAUGUGAUAAUUUCAAUAUCUAACACUACAUGUAGCUCUCAUCAAGUUAUUUAUAAUCUCACAUGCAUAAUUAUUUUAUUAAAAGGUUGUUUUGGAUAGAGCCCCAAGUGGUUUCUGAUAAAGUAUUAGAUUCUAUAAUGUCUAUUUUCUAAAUAGUCUUGUUCAGUUCAGUUCAUUUUUUAUUCACACUUACAUGUAUAGUCUUUACAUUGUAUAUAGGAAAAUAGGAAUAAAAAUUUUAAAAAAAAAUACCGUAAAAAGCCCCGGGGCUUAUAUUUUUCAAAGGCCCUUUUUGAGGGGCUUAUUUUUGGAGGGGCUUAUCUACGGAGGGAAAUUUGCAUUUCAAAAUCGAUUGGACUAGCCUUAUAGUUUAAAGUAAAUAUGCCGUUUUUGCUUUGUUUUACUUAGUUUGUAAACUAACUACAAGCCCCCGGGGGCUUAUAUUUGGAGGGGCGAUUUAACAGAGGGUUUUUUGUGUCACCGGUUUGGGGGGCUUAUAUUUGGAGGGGCUUAUACAUUGGGGGGCUUAUUUUCGGAAUUUUACAGCAAGAGAAUAAAAGAAAAGAAAGAAUUAAUGGCUUUGAUAGAAAUGUACGGUGGUCAAGGGAACUUAGCAAACCACUACUUCAUUAUGAAUCACUAUAUUAUGAAUGGAAAUACUUAAUAAUGCUAGGUGCAAGGUAACUAUGGACGAUCAUAAACAUCUUGUGUCUUGACUUUAAAAAUCUUGUCAUGUUUCAUUUGUUUUUUAUUAAAGAAUUAAAUUCUCAUGAAAUGAAGCUUAGUCUUUUUUUGAGCAUAAAGUGUAUCAUGAUAUGAGCCUAUUAUAAUAACUAUACUUAAUUAAUUAUUAUUAUUAUAGUAACUUUAUGGAGUCAUACAGCUUUUGCGUUAUUCACCGAGUGACAACUAAGUUAUUACAUAUGUACUUGUCCAUGGCUAAUUUGGGAAUAGCUGAUAGUGUUGAAGAUUAUUUGUUGGAGCUCAUUAAGACUUGAUGCUCAAGUAUGUUUUCAUCACAAAAUCCUCACAUUCUCAAAGUAAUUAAUUAUUACAAGUCCAUGCAGUGGACGUGCCACUAUAAAUAGAUGUGGGCUUCAUUAGCAUGUCCAUGUGACAGAAUUUGCUGUACAGAAUAAAAAGUUAGAACUACAGUUUACAUCUAAUGAAUGCGCCUUGGAAAAACCCCUGAGAACCUUGUGUUUUUAUGCUAAAUUCCCCUUUUAGUUCCACAAGCAGCUAAAAGUCAAUUUGAAGGAAGAAUCUACAUUUUGUAGCAGAUGUUCAUUUUGAGCUUUUGAUAUCCAGUUCCUCUCCAAUAUAUCAUCAAGGAAUUUUGAUUUUAGGUCUCCUUGGAAAAUGGGCAUUAUUUGCAUGAUUUCCUUUAGCUACAAUAUCUGUAUGUAUGUAACAGGUCAAAAUAAAUUCAGGUUUAAAUUUUUAAACCUGAGUUGAUUUUCUAUUUCCUGUGUCUCCUAGUCUCCUAUCCAAUCUACUUCAAAAAUCAUUUAAUAAAUUCUUCAGUCGCCAUAGUCUUAUCGUCGAGAAGUAUGGUGCAGCCCUGCGGGAGAUGAGAUUAGCAAUCCAGGCUUGAAUUGCACCAUCGUAUCCUUACACUACUUAUUUAUUGCAUAGAGUUGUAUUUCAGUUGUAUCUCGGUACGUGUGCUCGUACAAUUUUAUUUUGAGCACACGCAUUAUUUGUUUAUUUAUUUAAUUGACGUGUACAUUAUUUUAGUUCGUUUAUUAACGUCUUAAUUUUACUUUGCGUUAUUUUCCUCACUUAUACAUUGUCCGUGACUGUGCUCACAUGGUGGGUGGCUCCUCCUAAAAUGUUCUGCAAUAUUGGUAUAGGAUUUAAUGGAGCCGAAACCAAUUGUGGAAUUGCACGCAUUUUAGGCAUCCUACUGAUGAACAGUUGCGACGCGUAGAUAUAUACAUUUUUAGCGACUAAGAUGAUUUGCAGUCUGUUUACUUUGAAUCCCUAAUUAUAGAUGAAUUAGGGCUAGGAGACAAAGAAAACUGAGAAUCAACCAAGGUUAAAAAAUUUAAACCUUAAUAUUAUUUUAACCUGUAACAUGCCUGUACAACUCUACCUAUUACAGUACUGUUAUUUACCAUAUUAAUUUUUUUGUUUUAUUUUACUGUUUUAGUCGUCUGAUGGCUUUGAAAAGAAUGGGAAUAGUAGAAAAUUAUGAGGUAAGAGUGGGUUAAUCCAGAAAAUAGACAGUGGUAGUCUUUUCAUUAGAACCUAAAAAAGCUAAAAUAUUUCAAGACAAGUAAAUUUUAAUUACUUCAAGUAAAAUAAAGCUUCACACACAACCAAUUCUUUUUUUACUUCAGGUUAACUUAAGGCUAUUUUUCCACGCAGCAUAAUUUAGAUUGAUUGACAUGUUUCACCUUUUUCAAAGCUCAAGAAACCACAAGUCAGUUAAGUUGCUCACAAGGAUGAUUUUCAAGUUACUUAAAACUUUCUUGAAUUGUUUCAACUUUGCAACUUUAAUGAGAUGCAAAGUAAAGUUACUUGAGAUUUUACUGAGGCCUUCACACAUGCAUUUUUGGUUAAGUAAAACUUAGCAGCUCUCAAGUCUUACUUAACAGCCUAGUGUAAAGACAAACAGUCUUUGUUUGCAUCUUGUCAUCCUUAAUUUUAAGCAACAAUCCCUUGUGCCACAUUUUGCAAGUCUGUACAACAGUUGCCAGUUUGCUUUAAGUCUCAAUUUCCAACUCAAUCCACAAUUUUUGGGUGAAUUGAACAUCUACAAGAGAGAAGAAUGGAAUUGAGGGGGGUUCUUUGGGCAUUGGCCAGGAUAUGUGAAUUUCACUUAAGGUUGAGGUUGUCCUUGGAACAUCCGCAUAUUUUAAUAGAUUGUUUGAAGCGUCAUCAAGUCCAGGCGCAACUGCCUCAAAGUAAACAAUGCAGAAUACGGACUGUAUUGUAAUGGCAACGCAAAGAGAGCACAAUGUCCCAUUCUCUCUUGACAACACUAAAAUAAUAAAAGAUUGCAGACCUUUGGAAACCAACAUCUGAUUAAUUUCAUGUGUUUAAUUGGUCUAAAAAUAACUUUGGUAAAAUUCACAUAAUUAUCGCAACAGCUAGACUGGCUUCCUCGCCAUUCUCUAUUGGCAUCAGCCGUUGAAAGUCAAUUCUUUAUACACAAGGGACACACAAAGUAAAUGUAAUAAGCUAAUCAAAAUUUUUGAUAUUUUACUUUUGUAUCGGGGAAAAAGCAGAAAUAAUUGUAGACUUUCGACAGUUUUUCGAUGGUUAAUAAUUUUGGUGCCCUGACUUUGAACUAAUUUGUUGCUAUUGAUGAACAAUUCUGACUAAUGUUUGAAAUUAGAAAUCUGUAAUAAAAUCAAGAAAUCAUAUAAUAAUUACUUGAGCCUUGAGUAGCAAGCUCAGUACUUUUCUGAUUUGGCAAUUCACAUAGGAAUGGUGUAUGUAGUAUCAAGGGUGGAUAUAUUAAUCACAAGAAUCAUUCUAGUCUUGGUUCUUGACUUGAUUUGCAGUAUUCCAUUCAUGCAAGGUUAAAUAUAUUGUUGAGGGUCAUAAUGCCACUUUUUAUAACGUUAUCAGAACAUUAAACUGGAUUUUUAUACAUGACCCUUGUUUGUCUUGAAUGUGCAGAGUAUUCGUAAUUACACUGUUGUGAUCGUUGGCAUUGGUGGAGUUGGUAGUGUCACUGCAGAAAUGCUCACAAGAUGUGGAAUCGGCAAGGUAAUUAACAGUCUCCUUCAUUCCCAGUGAUUGUUACAAUAUUAUCAUAACCUGGGUAGAAUUUUUACCAUGGCAAUGUAAGUUGCAAAAUGGAGGAUGAGUACCAUGAUGCGACAUCUCACUGACGUGCCAGCCUGGCAUCCCAUUCUUGAUCCCACAUGCCUCUACGUCCCCUGGUGCACAGUACAUUGAAGUCAUGGGGUUCAGUUUCAAUACUUCAGAAUGCAUAAAACCAACAAGAGCAACUUAAAACUUAAAAGGGUAAAUGUACGAUGCAGCUAUAGCCUUCACAAGAUUUUUUUUUUUUUUUUUUUUUUUAGCCUUCACAAGAUUAGAUUUCUCAUUUUACUCAUGGUUUUCUGCAUGUUAGUUUGUCAACUUUGUUCAUUUACAUGUACAAGCAUUACUUUCUUACUAGCUUUGUGUGUUAGUUUCUUGGUACGAUGAUCAUAAAAAUAGUUUGUCUGUUAAAGACCAUGUCAGUCUUUUCUUCAUGUUCCUUAAUUUUUCUUGUUCAGUUAGUAUUUUUACCUAAAAGUGAAUGAUAAAAUUAAUCAUUUACACACGGUUACAUGUAAUAUUUGACUAAAAGUGAAUGUUGUCUUCUGGAGUGACUGGACAACAUCCACAGCAUCCACCCAUUAAUUAGCUUCAAAUCCUGGAAAUUUACUUCCAUCUGUUGAGUCUUUGUAUUAAACUGUAUAGUGAGUGAAAAUGCAAGGUCAGAUACUGUGCAAAAAUUAUGGUCUUUUUUCUCAAAAUUUUCAUAAUUUUGUUGUUUCAGUUGUUACUCUUUGAUUAUGACAAAGUGGAACUAGCAAACAUGAACAGGUAACUGCUAGGCUUAAUCCAUUUUCAGUUGCAAGAGUUUGUACACUGUACAUUUUUGUGCAGUCCAAUCAAAACUCAAUUAAACCAUCAGCAUGUUAGUAAAAAAGUUAUAUUUGGUUAGUUUUCACUAGUGACAGUUUUAGGGCAUAAUCAGGAAUGUAGAGCAUUAUUAUAAUGUAAUGAAACCAGCAUAUGAAUUUUCCUGUUAUGACUCUGGCCCUACAACUGAAGUUGUAAAAAGGUGAAUAAAGCUGGAAUAAAGGUGAAUAUAAAGCUGAAUAAAAUAAUCUCUAUCAAGGGAAAAAUGUAGUUGGACAGUACAAAAUGCAGACUGCAUGCUGGCUGCAUACUAUUGUUUUUAGUGUUAGAAAACAAUAGGACUAUAGUUGUCACGUUCUCAUUUGCGUGGUGAAAACAAUGGCCUGCAGCAGUCUGCAGUCUGCAUUUUGUACGGACCAAAUUGGCUUCCCUUUUACCUAAUAUCUACUGGAUAGUGAUUUUUCCACCUUUUAAACAAGUGGAGCUGUGUCACCUAAUAUUAAUUAUUUAUAUUUAGCCAGAACUAAAAGUGACGCUCUCAUUUAUGCAUUUUAUAUUUACUUUAGACAAUGGACUUAAAGCCAUUGCAAAGAAAUCCACAACUCUACACUUAACUUUAGGAGAGAAUCAUAUGAGUGAAAAACAAACUUGUGCAAACAUUUUCUUAGGUAUGGGGCUCCCCUAGUGCGAAGCUCUGCUGUGAUCUACAUUGUAGUAAAAACUAGUUUUAAUGGAGUCACAAAUUGCAAGCAGAAGCAGAUGAACUUGACCAAUCACAAUUUGUGGAAAGAAGUAUUCUAAUUUUUUUUAUUCUUCCACUUUUGCUCCUGACCCCAAUGAUCUGGUUUUCACUACAUUGCAGGCACUAGAGUCAUGAAAAGUGCAGUCAAGGGGAAAUGAUUCCCUUCUGCUUAUGACUCUGACUGCAAUAAAAUUAUUUUUGAUUUUUACUUGAUCAUAGUCCCUCUUACGACUCUGAUGGAAAACUAAGCUACUUUAUUAAUACUAUAUGUGUACACCUGUACCACAUUACUGUGCUGAAAGUUAAGACGGGUUUAAUUAAUUUCAUUGAUCAUACAUUAAGGUUAUUUUUUCGUCCUGAUCAAUCUGGAAUGAGCAAAGUAGAGGCUGCUGUUAACACAUUAAGGUAUGUUAGAUAGACGCUGUCUCUACCUUACUUUUUUUGUUUCAUUUUCCUCUUUCAUGAUACUGUAACGUAGCUUUUCUGCAGGCAGGAUUUGUGUUUUUCCCUUUUGUCUUCUGGUUAUAAAGGUCUACUUUAUAAUUUAUUGUUUUAUUUCUUAACCAUUUUCUGUAGAGAUAUUAAUCCUGAUGUCGAAUUUGAAGCUUAUAACUACAACAUAACAUUACUGGAAAAUUUCAAGCAUUUCUUAUGUAGAAUAAGGUGAGUUAAUUUUAACAUGUUUAAGAUUGCAAAAAAUCUUAAAAAUUCCUUCAGACUAGCCUGAGAAAACAGCCGACAUUUGGUGAUCCUACCGCUAGUUUCCCCGCCAAAUAACAUUUGAGAAAUGAGCACAGAAAUUCCGUACGGGUGAAGCAUUACUACCCAGAUCUGGGUAGUACUUCUGAUUGGUUGUGCCGCAUGGGAAAUUUGAUUCAACCAAUCAGAAGCGCUACCCAGAUCUAGGGUAGUGACACGUCAUCAGCAUGGAUUUCUGCACUCGUUUCUCAGACAUCAUUUGGCGGGGAAACCAGUUGUAGGGUCGCCAAAUGUCAGCUGUUUUCUCAGGCUACCUUCAGACAAGCAUUUCACAAAUUUUGUGCAGCUGUCCUCUCCCUGUUGCCUGCUUGUUUACCAUUAAGCUAGGCAGGGGCAGGCCAGGCCAGUUUAGAAAAGAAAAGUCUAUUGUUAAUCAAGACCAACCAGAUCAGUAAACAAAUACUGUUUAUUCCUACAUUAUGUAUACAUGCACGGCAGUGAUGGGUUUUGGUGAAAACUCCCAAAAAAGCCAGCCAGUAUUUCAUUAAGUUAAAAUGUUUGGCCAGCGAGUUCUGAGUUUUGGUUAGUACCCUUAGUUUAUGAGAGGUUUCGUUUGAAUAGUAACACCAUAGAUGUAGUAUUAUUUAUUUAUUAACUGACAGAUAAAUUUACUGUUGUACUAUUCAGCCAUGGUGGAAAAGACGAAAAACCUGUGGACCUUGUUUUAAGUUGUGUAGAUAAUUUUGAAGCAAGAAUGGCAAUAAAUACAGUAAGUGAGCAUUUCGCUAUCUUCGUUCCUUAUCAGAUCAGUAGACAUAUUGAGGUAUUAAAUUUUUCAAAAUUCAUCCUUGGCUUCAAGGUUUAGGGUAAUUAAGCAAAAGAAAUUACGUCAAGGUCCAGAUGUUGAGUACACAGCUCUUCCCUUGAGUACAUUUGCUUUUUCCUCAGGCAUGUAAUGAACUAAAUCAACCCUGGAUAGAAUCUGGAGUGAGUGAAAAUGCUGUAUCAGGUCACAUUCAGUUUGUCAUCCCUGGAAAAACAGCUUGUUUUGCAGUAAGUUCAUUGAAUGAAUAAGUGAUGAUAAAAUAAUGAACAAUGCUGUUGUACUAGCUUUGCCAAGUAGUUAGAGUUCUUGUUUAUUCAGUUCAGCAAAAACAUGUGGCUUUCUGGGUGAAUGACCACCUACCCCUCCCCUAAGUCAACAUUAACACUUACUUCUCACUUAGGGCAAAAUUGUAACUUAGGGAAGGGGUAGGUGGCCAGUCACCCAGAAACCGUAAGUGAUCCAAGCAUGUAAGCAUGCACACUUAAAAAAACUGUACAGCACUUGGCCUUUAGUAAUUAACAACAUUUGGAAACAAUAUUCCAACUUAUCAGCCUGUCAUUGUUGUGUUUCAAUUUUAUCCUGGUAUGGUGACAUGUAUGUGUGAUGAUAAUUAAUUUUGAAGCAAAUAUGAAACUGAACCAUAAGAUCAUUAUUGGGUGGUACAUGUUGGUCAUCGUCUUUUCUAGACUAGCCACGUUCGCCAUAACACUUUCAAUUUUUUUUGUCCAUCUUGCCAAGCUUGUCUAGAACUUGUUGUAGCUUCGCUCCUAUGUCCUUCGACAUAUCCAAGGCGACGAGUAUCUCGUCCGUUUCGUUUGGUUCUUGGCUACAAACUCUUUUUCCUUGCAGUGAGGUCUCACUGUCCGAACUGCUGCUUCCCCUCUCCUUACGCUUAAAUCUACUUAAAAUGUCAUCCAUAUAAACGUAUCGAGGCAAGCGGGAGAAGAUUAAAAGAUUAAAUUUGCAGGAGCGAUUUUCCAACGUCUUCACUCCUUCAUAGCCGACCCAGACCCUGGGUACCAGGCUCAGGCAAUUAGAUGUUUGUGGACUAAAAAAUUAAAAACAUUCAGUGAAUUUGGACUGGGGCAUUUCAUGGUAAAACCUUUUAACUAAGAAUAUGAAUAUUUUGUUCCAGUACUGUGUGUUGACAUUUUCUCAUUCAUUCCUUUUCUAGUGUGCCCCGCCUCUUGUUGUAGCUUCAAAUAUUGAUGAGAGAACACUUAAAAGGGAAGGAGUCUGUGCUGCUUCUCUUCCUACAACAAUGGGUAUUGUGGCAGGAUUUCUUGUACAAAAUACUCUGAAGUAAGUGCUCAGGAUAACCUGUCUUAGUGAACAAUAUUACAGGCGACUUUUCUUCACCAUGGUUCGCAUGGGCCUUGAAAGUCCUUGAAAACUGAGAAAUUGUUGGAUAUUCUUGAAAGCUCCUUGAAUAAAACUAACCUUUGUUAAGAAAAAAACAAACAAACAAAACAUGUUUUGCGCAAAUGAAUGAUUGAAAGCACAGCAGUACACAAAUUAUCCUUGGUGAUCAUGAAAGUGUUUUCUUAUAAUUUCGGUAUUCCCGGCAUAGUUCAUUUUCCGUUAUUUGAAGUACCCUUGGAACCGUGCCUUAAUGAAUGAAGGUAUUGCAAUAAGCGAACCCCCCUCCACCUACGCAUUUUAAAGGUCUUUACCUCAUGUUAUUGGGGAAAAGAAGUCCUUGAAAAAAUGAUUUUUAGUCCUUUAAAAGUCGUUUAAAAGUCCUUGAUUUUUUCCCAACAAAUUCUGUAUGAACCAUGUUCACAAAAUGAGAGAAAGGUAGAACCACCACAUUAUACCUGCCAACUCUCACGCAUUCUGCGUGAGUCUCAUGUCUGUGGACUAAAGACAUCGAUCUCACGCAUCAAGGCCAAUUUCUCAUGGCUGACGCAAAUCCGGACAAAUUGUUCUUUACCACAUGAUAAACAUUGAAAAUUCAAUCCAAAAAGGCGUUCAAUGAUGACUUUGUGUCCUUUUUUUGUGUUUUAAUGAAAUCAAAGCGCGCUAAAAUUGUCGUCUUUUAAGGAGCUUCGGAAGUGCUCAAACGUCUUUAAAAAAUCUGCGGACACUUUGCGGCAACGUUCGGAAGUCUUCGGAAAGUUGGCACCAAUCUUCGGAAGUCGCCGGGACGAUUCUGGAAAUCCUGGUCAUGACAAGGUGAAAAUCUUACACAUUUGACUCAGAAAAAGUUGGCAGGUAUACCAUAUGGUAGAGUGAAUACAGUCACAGAAGAGUUAUGCUAAAUAACUUCAUUCUGAAUGACACUUUUAGGGGUUUUCCCCUUCAUGCACUCACUCCCUUUUGCACCACAAAAACGUACAGCAAUGUCCCUGUACAACGGGAAAGUACUGCUCAGUAGCUUUUAUUUGAAUGGUCACAGUUAAUAUGUUACCAUUCUCAUACUCAAAAGUAAGAACCACCUUGUACAGUAUAGUUAACAGUACCACAUGAGAGUAUUGCUCAGUAGCUUUCAUUUGAAUGGUCACACUUAAGAUUCCAUCCACAGAAUCAAAAGGUUAGAUCCACCUUGUACAGAAUUCAGCGUAAUAAAUGCUACUUUCCUGGAGAAAAGUAGUGCCCCCCCCCCCGUCCGCCACCACCGCCACUAAACCUACGUAGCUUCCCAAGCAGACGUUCUUUUGGCUUGUCACACAAUCUUCCUCGUUAGGAAGGAACGCACGCGUGACGAAGCCGUACGAACGUGGGGUGGGAGGCUAGGUGAUAAGGAAGCUAUUGCUGGUUCGCUUUUGCUUUCGUGUUGUGGGUAUUGUAGUGUCUAGCUUCAAUCUUUAGUAAUACAUCAAACUAGCGAUUGAACCCAUCCGGAACACCGAGAACUACUCUGAAAGUGACCGUCAAACAUAUUCCUUGUUGCACUUGUUACACCCUUUUCUGCUAGUUUGUUCCUUGUGGAAAUGACUCAUUUUCCUUUUGACUCGCAGAUAUCUUCUAAAGUUUGGUUCUGUUUCCUACUAUCUGGGGUACAAUGCGAUGCAAGAUUUCUUUCCAAGCAUGACACUAAAGCCAAAUCCUACAUGUGAGGAGGUGAUCUGUCAUCAGAGGCAGCGAGAAUACCAGGUACAUUAAAUUGCUAUUAGACUGAAUUGCCUCUUUUUUAAGUUCAUUUUAAGCUUUUUGUAGUUUCAGCUUCAAAAAAACUUGAAAAAAAAAAUAAUAAAACGUGUCGUGAUCGAUGUGGUCUCUCUCAGACAACGACGUGUGAGAGUGAAACAAAAGAACAAAAGAACCUUUUGCUUCAAGAACCAAUACGCUUUUAGUUGGCAUAUCAAAAUUAAUGGGUGAUGUGAGCGUAAGUAUCGCUAUAGACAACUCCCUCCCCCCCCCUUCCCCAGUCCAAUAGUUCAAAUGGACCUGUACAGAAGCAUGUUGGCAAAAGUUUGGAUUAAAAAAGUGACAACAUGUUCCAAUUUUCCUGGUGUUUAGGAUUCAGAAGAGGCCAAAAAAGAAAAGGAAGAAAAAGAUGAAACUCCAGCAGAAGAAGAAGUAAAACAUGAGGAUAAUGAAUGGGGUAAGUUGGAUAUCAUGCUAUCUUUAUCCUGCGAGUUACCUGAUGAAGAUUGCUGUACAGGAAAUUACUGUGAAACUCACAAAACCGUGAACACCAGAAAUGUUAUUGUUUUGCACAGGGUCUAGAAGAGUUUCGUGUGAAUAAAUGAAUUACUUAUUUAAAGUCUCACCUUGAAAAAUGUCUAUACCUGUCGCUUAGCACGGUUAAUUAGCCCAAUGGGAUCUUUAUGAAUCUACUGUAUAAACGAUUUCUUCGCUUCUUAUCUGAGCCAGAUCUACUUUGUUGUUCGCCAUUUUGAAAAUCAAUAACCGCAAGCCAUAUCCUCGCUGGCGCACGACACGUCGUCGGAAGGUUGACCGAAGGCCGUCGCCCGAAGGGUGACCGAGGCACGAAUUGCCGAGUUAAAAAAACAGCCGAUCUUGCGAGCCCUCAGUCUCUUGGUUUGCGGUCUAUAGAAUGUGUAACGAAACUGUAACGCGAUCAAAAUAACCCAUUUUUUCAGAGGCUUUCGACGGGUUUUGAUGUUCUAACGACAAACACAUCCCCUCUGGACCCUGUGUGUUUUGCGAGGAAAUAGCCAAUAGGGCAGAAGAAAACUAAACAGCAAACAGCAACGGUAAUAAAUCUUGUGGUUUUGAGGUUUGCUCGCAUGUCCAGAACAUUAUUGUGAUUGGUCACCACACAAUCAACAUUCCUGAAAUUUUGCAUGUGUUCACGGUUUUCUGACUUUUAUAGUAACGCUUCAAGGAAUUAACGCGAAUUUUGAAAUUCGCGUUGAUUUCAUGAAAAGCCAAUUUCCGCGCCGUUCAUUAACUAGAGCUUUAAUUUCUGGCUCUAAUUUCCAUUGUUUUGGAUUCACUUGUGACAUUCUUGACACCUAAGGAAGAGGAGUAUAAUAUUAUUAGCAGGGUGGAUAUCCACCAGUAACAGUGAUACUGUGAAGAAUCCUCCAAGUGGCCAGAUUUCUUCGCUUGACACCCUUCGUACCUUUAAGGAAAGUACCACGAACAAUGUUUCCAUUUCAGAUUAUACUUUAUACUUUGUUUCUUUUUUUUUUCACAAGUCUGUUUCUUUGCAAGCAUCGCGUUAAUUUCCUUCAUUUUGAAAUUUUACCCUCUCUGUCGCGUUAAUUUUCUUUAUUUGAAAGUCGUUUUCCACUAAAUUUGCGUUAAUUUCCAAUUCCUUAAUUUCAUGGAGCGUUAAUUUCCUAUAAUAAGGUACUUGUUUGUUAAUCUAAUAUAUUUUAUGUAACUGUUAGGUAUUACAUUGGUUGAUGAAGCCAAAGGCGAUGAUGAAGAAGAUGAAGCUUCACCAGACCUGGUGGCAGGAGUGCAAUUAGCAUAUUCCAAAAGAAAACCUGAAAGAAAGGUAGUUAACAAUCAUUCUUCGAGCCCGAAGGGCUCUGAGUAAAAUCCAACUAGUUGGUCAAAAAUAUCAAGACAAAACAACUUAAGCCAUGGGCAAAAGUCUUGGGACACUUUUGCGUUGCUGGGGCGUUUUUCAAUUCUCACAGCUCCAACCCCUCCCCUCACCCCACAAACAAUGUUGGACGGGUGUAUCCAGAAUUUGUUCGCAGUUUCAACUUUGUAUAGGACGGGGGGAGGAAGAACUGCAAGAAUUACUGUCUCAAGGACUUUUGUCCAGGAUUAAAGCUAGACUUAAAUCCUUUUUUGCCGCCAAAAAGCUGGUGCUUUCCGCUACUUGUGGGCUAUAACAUAUAGCCUAGUAGUAGUUCAACCAAUCAGAACGCAGCAUUGAUAAUAGACCACUAGUUAGAUUUUAAUAAUACGUGUUAUAUGUUGGCAAUGAGUAAGCCCUCUUAAGAAAAAAUGAAACGUCGAAGGAUUUCAACUUAAAUGUAAGACCAUUCAAGUAAUAGCUAUGGAGCAGUACUUUACUGCGGUUCUGUUUGUCAUGCUGUACUAGGUUGUUCUAACUUUAAAGUUUGUGGAUGAAACCUCUGGUGAAUGAAAGCCCUUGAGCAGUGCUUUCCUGUGGUACUGUUUAUUAUGCUGCACAAGGUGGUUCUAACUUUUGACUAUGUGGAUGAAAUCCUAUGGUGUGACCAUUCAAAUGAAAGCUACUAAGCAGUACUUUCCUGUGGUACUGUUUAUUACGCUGUACAAGGUGGUUCUAACUUUUGAGUCUGUGGAUAAUGAUAUUCUAUGGUGGGACCAUUUAAAUGAAAGCUGCUGAGCAGUACUUUCAUAGGGUACUGUUAUUAUGCUGUACACGGUGGUUCUAACCUUUGAGCGUGUAGAUUGAAUCCUAUGGUGUGACCAUUCAAAUGAAAGCUACUGAGCAGUACUUUCCUGUGGUACUGUUUAUUAUGCUAUACAAGAUGGCCCUAACUUUUGAGUCUAUGGAUAAUAUGAUAUUCUAUUGUGUGACCAUUUAAAUGAACGCUUCCUGCCAGUGCUUUCAUAGGGUACUGUAUAUUAUGCUGUACAAGGUGGAUUUAAGUUAAAAUCUGUCGGUGAAACCAUUCAGCCAAAACCCUCUCAGCAGUGCUUUGGUUUGUAUUAUUUUUUAAAAGAAUUUUGCAACAGGAAAUGUGAAUUCUUUCGUGAAGGUUAACUUUGGACACUCUUUUAAAGGAUUUAAAGUAGUUAAUCUUUUUUUACCAGAUUU